UUUUAACCAAAAUGAAUCCACUUUCACAGUUGAAUAUAAUCAAUUAAUCAUAUGAUACAUGUGUAACUGUGUGUAGUAAUAAAUAUAUAACUUGAAGAAAAAAAAACAUGUGCGUAUACUAAUACUCUCAAAAAACAUACAUGCACUUGAACUUUUGAGUCUUUGUCUUAUUUUUUAAGUCAGUGUUUCAAUGCUUUUCUGUAUAAUAUAUGGUUGCAUUAUGUGAAAGCUAAUCACAGCAUUAGAUACUAAUACUAUUCUCACUAUGUUAAUGGAUAUAAUUGUUAGUUAUGUUGAUUUACAUAAAGAUGAUUGAACACAGAUAUUUUAUUUUUGAAGAUAGAAACAAAAAAAGCAUGGUAGUUAGCAUAGUGAGAAAGAGAUUCUGCAUAGAAGAAGCUUCUUGAUUUUCUACUAGUUGAUCAUGCAUUAUAUAAGUGCAUGUUUUGGUGAUUAAACUUUGUGUGUGGAAAGCUUUUGAGGAACACUGAGAGGAAAAACAUGGGAAAUAAGAUGGUAACAUACAACAAGUACAAAAGAGUCUUGUUCUUUAUCAAAAAGUAUAAGGUGACUGAGCUGGUUCCACCUGAAGACCUCAGGGAGAUUUUUUCUGAGUUUGCCGGAGGUGGAUCAUACAUGUCAACCGAGCAAUUACACCGGUUUCUUGUGGAGCAUCAAGGCGAGGAGAAUUUCACGUUAUUGGAUACGGAGAAAAUUGUUGAUAAGAUUUUGCAGCUGAGAAGGACACAACAGGAAACGGUUCAUGUUGAUCAACAUAGAGAAAGGAAAAUCGCCCUUGAUGAUAUCUUCCGGUUUUUGUUCCUAGAUGAUUUCAAUGGUCCUUCCAAAACUGAGGUAAAUCAUGAUAUGAGUGCUCCAUUGUCACAUUAUUUCAUAUAUACAGGACACAAUUCCUUCCUUACUGGAAAUCAACUAAGCAGUGAUUGCAGUGAAGAACCAAUCAUAAAGGCGCUGCAACAAGGCGUGCGUGUUAUAGAACUCGAUUUAUGGCCAACUUCUAGUAAAGAAGAUAUUAAAGUUGAUCAUGGAUGGACACUUACAAAUCCUGUAUCACCUAUCAAAUGUUUGGAGUCUAUAAAGAAAUAUGGUUUUGUUGCAUCUCAAUAUCCAGUGAUCAUAACUAUAGAAGAUCAUCUUACAGAAGAACUUCGAGCGAAAUUUGCAGAAAUGGCAACUCAAAUAUUUGGAGAAAUGCUUUAUUAUCCUCAACCAGCAGAAUGUUUAACUUUAACAGAAUUUCCUUCACCGGAAUCAUUGAAAAAUAGAGUUAUUAUAUCAACAAAACCUCCGAAAGAACAUUUUAAGUCCAACCGGAUCAAGGACAACGGCAACUAUCAUGCUCUAGAUGGAAUUAGUGAAUCAUCAGAAGAAGAAUCAUCGGGAAAGGAAUCGCCAGAUUCUACAGUUGAAGUGGAGAUUAAUAGUGCGAAUGGAAGUGAUAGCGAUGAGGGAGACGCAGGUAAAUAUGGAUGUCAUCGAAGAUUAUUUCAAGAGUGUUCACCGGAUUACAAAAGUAUAAUAACAAUCCAAAAUAAGAAACUUAAGGGUAGCUUGAAAGAUAAAUUGAAAACUGACGGUGAACUUAGACGCUUAAGUUGGAGCGAAACAACCUUAGAAAAGGCUUCAGAAUCUCAUGGAACAGACAUCAUUAGAUUCACACAAAAAAAUAUACUCAGGGUGUACCCUAGGGCGACACGCGUCAAAUCCACAAAUUUCAAGCCACAUCUUGGGUGGAUGUAUGGAGCUCAGAUGGUUGCAUUCAAUAUGCAGGGGUUAGGAAAAUCACUCUGGUUGAUGCAAGGAAUGUUCAGAGCAAAUGGAGGAUGUGGUUAUGUAAAAAAGCCUGAAAUUCUAAUGCAGAAACUUCAAUGUGACAAUGAGUUUGAUCCUACAAGGAUUAUGCCAGUGAAGAAGACAUUAAAGGUAAAAAUUUACAUGGGACAUGGUUGGAGCUUAGAUUUUAGUCCCACACACUUUGAUAUGUUCUCUCCCCCAGACUUUUACACAAAGAUUGGUAUUGUUGGUAUCCCUGCUGACAUUGCAAGGAAGAAAACAAAAGUAAUAAUGGACAAUUGGUUUCCUGUGUGGAAUGAAGAAUUUGAAUUCCCUUUGACUGUUCCAGAGCUUGCUUUACUUCAGAUACAAGUAAGAGACAAAGAUCAAGGAGGAAAAGAUGACUUUGCUGGACAAACAUGUUUGCCAGUUUCAGAGAUAAAACUUGGAUUUAGAUCAAUCCCUUUAUAUAAUGAAAAGGGUGAACAAUUUAAAUCUGUUAAGUUGUUAAUGAGGUUUCAAUUUGAAUGAAUUGUAGAUGUAAUGUAAUUAAUUCAUCUGGGAUAUAAAUCCUCCUUCUUUGUAAUGGUUAA